GCCUGGAGCGGCGGCGCCGGCCGCCAUGGGAGGCGCGCCCGCUCCCGCCAGCCCCGCUCCGCCCUAGGGCGGGCAGCCCCCCGGCGCAGGGCGGCCGCCGCUCCCGCACCUACCUGACCCGGCCCGACCCGACCCGACCCGACCUGCCCCCGGCGGGGACGGCGCUGGCGAGCGCGCCCCCUCCGCCGGUACCCGGUUGUGCCCUGGGAGGCUGCGGCGGCGGCACGAUGAGAGUCAACGAGAGCGAGCUGAACAGCUCCGUCCUCCCGCGGGACCCGCCGACCGAGGGCGCCCCGCGCCGCCAGCCCUGGGUGACCUCCGCUUUGGCCGCCAUCCUCAUCUUCACCAUCGCGGUGGACCUGCUGGGCAACCUCUUGGUCAUCCUCUCCGUGUACCGCAACAAGAAGCUGCGAAACGCGGGAAAUGUGUUUGUUGUAAGCCUGGCAGUUGCAGACUUGAUAGUAGCUAUCUACCCUUAUCCACUGGUCCUCACAUCUGUGUUUCACAACGGAUGGAAACUGGGAUACCUACACUGCCAGAUUAGUGGCUUCUUGAUGGGCCUAAGUGUCAUUGGAUCAAUCUUCAAUAUUACAGGCAUCGCGAUCAAUCGGUACUGCUAUAUCUGCCACAGUCUCAAAUAUGACAAGCUGUACAGCGACAAGAAUUCAUUGUGCUAUAUUGUUCUUAUAUGGGUCCUAACAUUUGUUGCUAUCGUGCCCAACCUGUUUGUGGGAUCGCUACAGUAUGACCCCAGGAUUUACUCAUGUACAUUUGCACAGUCUGUGAGCUCAGCAUAUACUAUAGCAGUUGUGUUUUUCCACUUCCUGCUUCCCAUAGCCAUAGUUACUUUCUGUUACUUGAGAAUAUGGAUCCUCGUUAUUCAGGUAAGGCGAAGGGUUAAACCAGAUAACAACCCUAGGCUGAAACCACAUGACUUCAGAAACUUUGUAACCAUGUUUGUGGUAUUUGUACUGUUUGCAGUCUGCUGGGCUCCUUUGAACUUCAUAGGCCUUGCAGUUGCUGUCAACCCCAAAACUGUAAUCCCUAGGAUUCCAGAGUGGUUGUUUGUGUCUAGUUAUUACAUGGCAUAUUUCAACAGCUGCCUUAAUGCUAUAGUAUAUGGACUACUGAACCAGAACUUCAGAAGAGAAUACAAGAGAAUUAUUGUCACUUUUUGUACAGCAAAAGUUUUUUUCCAGGAUAGUUCUAAUGAUGCAGGAGACAGAAUGAGAAGCAAACCUUCUCCACUGAUUACAAACAACAAUCAAGUGAAGGUGGACUCUGUCUGAAAAUGGGA